AUGUCCAAUUUCAAUGAUGAACCUGGAACUGCAGCACCUGAUAAUGAUAGUAGAGCGGCAGUGCCAGUUGCUAGUCGCCGUAUGAGCCUUGCGGCCGAUCUUAUGAUGCACAUUGAACGUAGAGCAGCUGAAGGUUCAGCCAUGUUAAGAAGCAAUGUGCACAAUGUAGUUGAAGAACUACGGCCUAUAAUAUCAGUGGCACGACAUCCUGAUCCUGGGUCGCCACAACCACUUGGUCCCAGUUCUUCUGUACGCCUGAGUUUACCUACCUGGUUGAAUUUGAACACCAACAAUGCUCACUUACCUCUAUCUCCACCCAGUCUAUCAGAAACAGAAGACCAAAACUUCAUAACUACAGGAGAGGUUAGACCUAUUGCAACAACUCCAGUAUCACAAAGACUGCCUUUAACUACUCAAAGAUCACUUACUGAACCAAAUGAUGAUGUAGCAAUAGAUAUGAAUUUAUCAAAUUCAGAUUUAAAUGUAGAACAGUUGCCUCAAAGUCCAGGAGGAUCCUCAAUUAAUGGAUCUAAUAAUAAUAACAAUGAAAACCAAAGCGAAGACGAUGUUCUUCGACACAACCCAGAAAUCGCUCAAAUGCUGAGUGUAGCUCUUAAAUACAUUCCAUUCUUAUUGAUACUUUUAUCGAAAGCUGUAUUCGACCAUAUUCCAGGUUCGACUAACGAACGUGCUUGUAUGUAUCUUGUGAUUUCAGCUAUUCUACUCUUUUUGGUGCUCUUUAUUUCAUUUCGUUACUUCAACAAUGUGGUAAAGCGUGAGGUGGCCAAACAAUCACAGCGCAGUAUUGGCUUUUUACUGUUUGCCAUUUGUCAUAUGGCAAUGUCUGUAUUUUUAUUCUACUUCUUUUACAAUGACAUGAACUUACAUUUUGGAUUGAUAUUUAUUCCUCCGUUCACACAGUCUUUGACAAUUAGUAGUCUGUUAUGGUCUAUAGCAGUGGAUGAUUACAUUUUAAAAUUAAUAACAAUUAUUUUUAAAAUAAUUAUUAUUAUGAUGCCUAUUAAGAUUUUACCAAUAAUUAAACGAGGAAAAGUGUACCUGUUCAUUGAAGCUACAUCUCAAUUAUAUCGGUGUUGUGUGCCUAUCCAACCAUGGUUGUAUUAUAUGUUAGAAUCUUAUCAGGGUCCAAAAAAGGUUAUUGGCGUCUUUUUAUCUGCUGCUUACAUGGUGUCAAAAGGUACUGAUUUAAUGGGUUGUGUGAAACUAUGGUGGACGGCCUCAUACAAAUUGCUUCAGAAUGUUGCAUUGGGCACAGUGCCGAACAAAGAACAGCUGACAAUAGCUGGCAGCAAUUGUCCGAUAUGUCAUGAUGAGUAUGCUACACCUGUUUUGUUACAAUGCCAACAUAUAUUCUGUGAAGCUUGCGUGGCCAAAUGGUUUGAUCGUGAGCAAACAUGUCCACUAUGUCGAGCAAAACUCGUUGAUGAUCCUGCGUGGCGAGAUGGUUCUACGACUAAUUUUAUACAACUCUUUUAACAUUUAAAUGCGAUACCCUAUAACCAAUUAAACCGCUUUUUAUGUUAAUAUUUCUCUUCUUGUUAAUUGUUUUAUGAUUAAUUUUCUCAAUACCUACCAAUUAUUUAUACUUUGUAGGAAAUACUUUAAUCAUUAAACUUUUCUACUUUAUUUUAUUUUUAACGCAUAAAAAUAUUUAUCUGUGAUAGAUGUCCAUUA